CGUCUCUGUCCCCGAAACAUGGGCGAAGUUCAGCGACAACAACAUCAAGUAUUCCCAGAACGCGCGGUCCAACACGGCUACCCUCUGCAAGGAGACGGACCACACGCUGGAGAGUACCUCCGAGGAGCUGUGGAAGCAGUACACGGACACCAACCUGGCGUUCAACAGGCGCAUCUCAGAGGUGGCUGAGGCCAAGAACCAGCUGCAGGCACAGCUAGCCAAGACCCUUCAAGAAAUAUUUCAGACAGAAAAUACUAUGAUGUUGUUGGAGAGAGCUAUACUCGCCAAGGAGUGCCCACUCAAAGUGGCCCAGACCCGCCUGGAAGGGAGAACGUGGCGGCCCAAUAUGGAGCUUUGCCGGGACAUCCCCCAGUUCAAGUAA